UAGCACCGUAGCAUCAUAGCAGCCUCCCUUAAUACAGUUAAUGACACGAAUCCGGUACAAUUAACGGGUGUUUGAGACUCCCGUCGUCGGCAUUAAUCGUCCAGUUUGGGAUUAUUUUGGGCAUUGUUUUAUGUUGUGUCCCCAGGCUAAUAGGUCCCGAUCAGGAGGUUGGGCGCUUAAUGACCCACGUUAGGGAGUGAGCAUGAGGCUCUAUAGGCAAUUUCUUGGCUUCCUAUUCGCACCUGGAUAUGAAGCUGACGGGCAGCCUUAUCAUGCCUGGAAGAGGCGCGUCCGCAUAUUGUGUUUGGACAGAGGCCGGACAGAGGUCGGCGCUUGCGAGGGCAGGUGGAAAGUAGCCAAUGGCGAGCGCGGAUUUGCCAUAGGGAAAACGAGCACAAGACGGAGGACGUUGGGCAUGGGCCGAUCUAACAUGCGCAGACAAAGGGAGGGCUGGUCGGGUGUAAUGGAGUGAUGACAGCGCUCAGAUGGUCGACAAGAUGCAGGCGUCAAGCG